GUGACCAUUUGUUUAGAAACGUGAAUAGUGAAUAAAGUUCUUGUUGGUAGUUUCCAUCUGAAAACAUGUUUUUUGACAAAUCAAUGCGUUAGAACUUUUAUUUUUUAACCAAAUCCUCCGUAACAACCAUGUAGAGUUAUCUGUUCACUCGCCACUAACCCGCUCUCCCCAACUCCACCAAAAUGCGCUCGAUCGACCAUCCACCAGAGCAAUCGUCAUCGAUCGGGAUGGAUUUCCUGCUGGGCGGGUGUGCGGCAACCUGCGCCGGGUUGUUCAGCAAUCCGUUCGACGUCAUCAAGACCCGGCAACAGCUGCAGGGCGAACUGAUGAAUGCGGCCUCAGAAACACAACGAAAUCCAUACCGAUCGAUUACCAAGUCCAUUCAGUCUAUUCUGAAGGCGGAGGGAAUCUCCGGACUGCAGAAAGGACUUGUCUCAGCUCUGGCCUUCCAGUUCAUGAUGAACAGCGUUCGGUUGGGCAUCUACCAAACGGCGGAGAAUUAUGAGUGGACUCGAGGUGACACUAAAUUCGGCACGUUGGUGUACUCGAUUUUCUGGGGAGGGUUCAGUGGAGUGAUUGGAGCGACGGUGGCCUGCCCGCUGUACAUGAUCAAAACACAGAUUCAGGCCACCUCACAUGGGAAGUACGCCGUUGGUUUCCAGCAUAAUCACACGGGAACGAUGGAAGCGCUGGCUGGGAUUUACAAGACCUACGGCAUCAAAGGGCUGUGGAGAGGAUAUCCAGGAAUCGUAACGCGAACGGCCGUGGGAUCGUCGGCUCAGCUGGCGACAUUUUCAAACUUUAAGGACUUCUUCGUGCAGUUUGAGAUUUUCCAGCAGUCGGUGGCCUUCACGGCGUUUGCUGCCAGCAUGUUCAGCGGGUUCUUCUGUUGCGUAUUUAUGUCACCGUUCGAUGUUAUUGCAACUAGGUUAUUCAAUCAAGGUGUGGACGCGAACGGGCGCGGUCUCCUGUAUCGCAGCGUGUGGGACUGCUUCAGUAAAACCCUCCGGGCCGAGGGUCUCCACGGCCUGUACAAGGGUUUCGUACCGAACUACUGGCGCAUCGCACCGCACACGAUCCUAAAUCUGACCUUCUGGGAUCAGUUCAAAAGCUGGAAGGAUCUCUACUACUGAGGAAUGGAAUACCGGAUGCUAUUUUUAACCUUCAAACUGGGGAUGUACGGUGCUGUAAAACGAUAUUUUUUUAUUAGCUGUAAUUUUGUUGAAUAUUAGAUCUAUAAGCGGGAAACAUGAUGUAACCGAAUCGAUUCAAUUACAUACAAAGUGUAGCUUAAGCGGUUUAUUACAAAUAUACAAUAAGCUUGUUGAAUAAAUAAAGAAACGAGGUAAUGAUUAAGGCAAGCGCUAAGC